GAUAAGCAAAGCAAAGGCACGGAGAGGACCUGGUGUUGAGGGCUCCCCACACCACCCUGGCUUUCAGUGCAGGUCGGAGCUGCAGGGUGAGACUCUUAGCCACCAAAGGACAAUGAUCUUGCAUUCACUACCUAAGUGAAAGCCAGAGGUCUGUGGUGCUUGCAUUUCCUUGCCCUUGCCCUUGCCCUUGUCAAGCCUGAGUCACGAUGUCAGGAGCCUCCAAGGAGAAUCUGGGCCCCAGCAGCCUGCCAGUGUUGGGCAAGGUCUGCCUCACUGCCAUGGACAAGAAGCUUAAUGUGCUGAAUGAGAAGGUAGACAAACUCUUGCAUUUCCAGGAAGAUGUCACAGAGAAACUGCACUGCGUGUGCCAGGGCAUGGGCCACCUGGAGCAAGGCCUGCAGCGGUUGGAGGCCUCCCGAGAGCUGGGCCUGGAGGGAGCCAGCUGUACUCCUGCAGCUGAUGCUCAGGCUGGGUGGCCUGAGGUCCUGGAGCUGGUGAGGGCUAUGCGGCAUGACAGCGCCCAGCAUGGUGCCAGGCUUGAGGCCCUCUUCAGGAUGGUGACGGCUGUGGACAGGGCCAUUGCUCUAGUGGGGGCCGCAUUCCAGAACUCGAAGUUGGUGGAUUUCAUCAUGCAAGGGAGAAAAGGCAGCCUGGCUGAUGGCUCUGAAGAGAACAAAGAGCCAGUGGAAGAGAAGGGAGCAAAACUGAAGCAUGCACUGAGUACCAGGGCUGUGCACGCUGGCAUCAGGGGGCCUCGGGAAGAGAGCCAAAUGCUGGAUCUACCAGAGGGGACAGUGGCGAGCCUGCUCCCCAUCAGUGCAUCAGGGAUGGGAGCAGACCUUCUCACCCAGACAGGGACCUCACUGGGGCAGGGAGAUGGAGUUCCUGGCCCAGGCCAGGUGUCCCCUGGUGACCAGCUGCUGCCCACAGAAGCCUGUGCCAAAGUUCCAGAAACAUCCAGCAAGAAGCUCGGGACUCGCCUGGAAUGGUCUGCAGCACCUGGCGGGACUGGUGAGACCCCUGCCAGCCAGGAGAUGGCAUCAGGUGCAAGACAAGAAGCAUCAUCAUCCAGCAGGCCUGACGCUCGGCCCUCAGAAGAGAGCAUGGGGCUGACAUCAGGGCCCACCCCUCCAUCCGUGGGACCUCUGGGGCCAGCAACCCUGGCCAGGGCGGCUCACAGUGGUGGAGCAGCACCUCGAAGGAUCUCCAUUCAUGUGCACCAGAUGGAUACUCCUGGAGAACUGCUUGUGACACGAAGGGGCAGCCUCACACCCGUUCUCUCUACAGAGACUCCAACAGCUGCCUGUCCAGGUGAGCAGGACCUGCAUGGGCCCAGGCGCUGUCCUCAGGCCACUGCGACUGAGUUUGGAGCGCAGACUUCUUGGGGAGCUGGGGAGAUUCCCCCUCCACCACCGCUACCACCACCCAGGAGGAGCAGCCUCCCAGCAGACCAGAAGCAGUGGUCUGGGGCCGAGUCCAUCAUAGGAAGAAGGGACAAAGGAUUCGCUGCCCCUGAGGCCCUGGGGACACAGCAGGAAACAGGCCCAGGAGUGGGACCCCCUGAUCCUGUGAGAGACCGCACAGCUGGAGGCCUGGGGAGAGCCGAGGCAGGUGGGCGGCCACCCCUAGCUGCGGAGGCCAGCAGCACGGUUCUGGAUGACAGCCCAGCCCCCGGAGCCCCCUUUGAACACCGGGUGGUGAGUGUCAAGGAGACGCCAAUCUCUGCAGGAUACACAGUGUGCCAGCACCAAGUGUUGGGAGGGGGCCGGUUUGGCCAGGUCCACAAGUGCACAGAGAAGUCCACAGGCCUCCCACUGGCUGCCAAGAUCAUCAAAGUGAAAAGUGCCAAGGACAGGGAGGAUGUGAAGAAUGAGAUCAACAUCAUGAACCAGCUGAGCCAUGUGAACCUGAUCCAGCUCUAUGAUGCCUUUGAGAGCAAGAACAGCUUUACUCUCGUCAUGGAGUAUGUGGAUGGGGGUGAGCUCUUUGACCGGAUCACAGAUGAAAAGUACCACCUGACCGAACUGGACGUGGUCUUGUUUACCAGGCAGAUCUGUGAGGGUGUGCAUUACCUCCACCAGCACUACAUCCUGCACCUAGACCUCAAGCCAGAGAACAUACUGUGUGUCAGUCAGACAGGAUACCAAAUCAAAAUCAUUGACUUCGGGCUGGCCAGAAGGUACAAGCCUCGGGAAAAGCUGAAAGUGAAUUUUGGUACUCCUGAGUUCUUAGCCCCAGAAGUUGUCAACUAUGAGUUUGUCUCCUUCCCCACCGACAUGUGGAGUGUGGGCGUCAUCGCCUACAUGCUACUCAGUGGUUUGUCCCCAUUUCUAGGGGACACAGAUGCAGAGACCAUGAAUUUCAUUGUGAACUGCAGCUGGGACUUCGAUGCUGACACCUUUGAAGGACUGUCAGAAGAGGCCAAGGACUUUGUUUCCCGGCUACUGGUCAGAGAGAAGAGCUGCAGGAUGAGUGCCACACAGUGCCUGAAACAUGAGUGGCUGAACGAUUUGCCUGCCAAAGCCUCCAAAUCCAAAGUUCAUCUCAAAUCCCAGCUGCUCUUGCAGAAAUACAUGGCCCAGAGAAAAUGGAAGAAACACUUCUACGUGGUGACUGCUGCCAAUAGGUUAAGGAAAUUUCCAACUUCUCCUUAAUAGACAACACUACUGCUCCAAAAGACCCACAUAUUAUUGACACCAUUGUUGAUCUGAAGAGAUGACUCAAGAUUUUAAAUGUUAUCUUACUAUUUUAAUUCUUCUAAUUUUAUAAAAGAAAAAAGUUAACUGUUGCUUUCCUUAUGACUAUAAAGAAAGCAUCUUAGAAAAUUAUUUUCCCUGUAAGAUCAUUAAGUUCGAAAUGCUAUAUUUACUUUUCAGGUAUUAAAAUGUAGACAUGUUUAGUUAGUAGGAAAGGUCCUUCUUUGUUUGUUUGUUUUUCCUCUUUUGUGGUACUGGGGAUUGAACUCAGGACUUUGUGUUUGCCAGGCAGGCGCUUAUGCCGCUGAACUAUAACCCCAGGCCCAAAAGGUCCUACUUUGAAUAUAUCAAAUUUAAAUUUGAAACUUAGCUAUUAUGCAAAAGCAUGUUUCUCAUAAUUACCUCUUCCAGUACAAAUGUUCCAGUAUAAAGAAUUCCUAGAAUUUUGAUUUGCUUAUGUGUGUGCAAAUAUUGUACUAUGUUGUUUUAAGAAUCAACACCAACACAAUUCCUUUAGUUUUGUGUAAAAUUUCAAAAUGUAUCAAUUGUGACUAAAUCUAAAAAUUUUUCACUUGACAUUAGACAAAAGGUGGAGAAGCAAUUAAAUGUGAAAUGUUUAAACACGUUUUUAAAUUCUAUACCCACCUUCAUUCUCUCUCCUUCCUCUACCGACGUGACCUUCAUUUCUUGGUUAUGAACUUUUGGCCUUGUAAGUCUAGAAACUGAUACAAUAUAUGAAGUGAGAUAAGAAUGUAAUGAUGUUCACCUUCCUGGGACAAACCCAGAAAUGAAGCAAUAAAGGAGAAGUGCUCUUCUACUGUCUAUUAAUGA